AUGGGUCCUAGACAUUAUGUCCCAGCUGAAGAUUUUACUGACUAUCCCCCCAGAGCUGCUGUUGCUGGCCCCACCGCCAAAGUCGUCGUCGGCUCGGGAGCAAACGCCAAACCUUUCUACGUACACAAACAGCUGCUUUGCGACUCGUCCACCUAUUUCACGACUGCUCUCAACGAUGGCUUCGCCGAAACAAAGCACCAGACCAUCAAAUUGGAUGAUGAAGAUCCUGACAUCUUUCUCACUUAUGUUCUCUGGCUCUACGGGGGCAAGCUAAGCAGGGAAGCACUGCCCUCUGAUCAAACCGAGGGACCGUUUGAGAAUCAUCUGUUCAAGCUCUAUGUCUUCGCCGAUAAACGAGGCGUCAAGAAUCUGGCCAACAACACAAUCACGAUGCUGGCCGCACACUGGGUGCAGAAGUGUGUCACCAUGAGCGAGGUUGCGUGGGUCGUUCUUCUUCUCUCGCCUAACGAUAAGCUGUACGAGCUCAUUCAGGACCACUUGAUCCUUGAGCUGCGAGAAGAAAUACUGGAUGAGCCCAAACAUCUUCUUGCUGCUAUGGAUCUUCCUAAAGAGUUCUUGUUCAAUCUUCUCAGAAGAAGUGGCAAACUCGGAAAGCAAUUUGAGCGAGCCCAUCACUGCUUCGAGGCAGUAUGUCACUAUCACUGUCACCAGGGUCCAGGUAUCGUAAGUCGGGAGGAUUGCAUUCUUAGCAUCGAGGCUGGAGACAACAUCUACGACAAUUGCGAAAGGCUCGAGGAUAUAGAGCAGUGUGCUUGGAAAGGAAAUGUGUCCCAAGGUCACUAG